AUUUCCUUAUGUGGAAAGAAGUGUAGUUUGUAAAAUAGGGGGGUUGGACUUGAUUGAUUAGCAGGCAAAAACAACCUUACAACUUUGUACAGUAACUGUAAUUGAUAUUUUAUAAACAGGCGUUCGGUCAUACUGAUUGCCCAUGGACUUUCAUUUGAUCUCUCUCCGUAUAGCUUCGUGUUUCCAUUCUGAUGUCACACUGAUAGCGCGCGACAGAGAGCAAGAUAGGCUUUACUUGUUGCUAAAGUAAUCGCUGUAUGUCACUGUUUCUCAGCUAUUUAGCUAGCUUGGUAACGUUAGUCAGCUAGCUACCUUUCUCCAGAUUGCAAGGUUCCUGCGCAUGUAAGUGUCGCCGUUUAUUUACGUAUCGACCAUUGGGACGAUUGAUCACUGCGUGCGCGGAGGUUUGAAGGCCUGGAGACAGGUUUGGAAUGUUGGGGGGAAACGGGGCAGGAAUGGGCACAAGAGCAGGAGGCGCGCGACCAGGCAAUGGGACUGGAUUGAAUACCUCCGGAACAAAUACUGGAAUCAAUUUACCCGAAGGUGGUAGAUUCGAAGACAGAGAAUACCCAAGCGAAGUGGUUUUCAGUGGUUCUGACCAGGAGUCCGAUUCGGGGGAUGACGAGGACACUAUGGGUUCAGCCGGGGACAGAAGAGGGGUGAAGCGGGAGAGGGCUGAGAUGGAGGUCGGCUCAUCACCAGCAACGUCGAUGGGCUUGCCUGGAGGUUAUAGUGGAGUCGCCGGAGGUGCAACAGGGGCAAAGCCAGGCAAGAAGACCCGCGGGCGUGUCAAGAUAAAGAUGGAAUUCAUAGACAACAAACUUCGGAGGUACACAACUUUUAGCAAAAGGAAGACUGGUAUUAUGAAGAAGGCGUAUGAGCUCUCCACGUUGACGGGCACCCAGGUGCUCCUCCUGGUGGCCAGUGAGACGGGCCACGUGUACACCUUCGCCACGCGCAAGCUGCAGCCCAUGAUCACCAGUGAGACGGGCAAGGCCCUUAUUCAGACCUGCCUCAACUCACCUGACUCGCCGCCGCGCUCUGACCCGUCCACCGACCAGCGCAUGAGUGCCACGGGGUUCGAGGAGACCGACCUCACCUACCAGGUGUCGGAGGCCGACGGCUGCACAGAAGUUGCCAAGGACAUGAAGCCAACCUUCACUGUGGCCAACCUGCCUAGUGGCAUCAACGCGCAGCCCCUGCCUGUCUCCUCCUCUGCCCCCUCCUCCUCCUCCAGUGCCGUGGCCAUGCACCUGCAGAACAGCAAUCCCGCCACCUGCUGGCAGGUCUCAGCCGGCAUCAACACCCACAGCACCAGCACCAACGGCACGGUGCUCAAGGGCUCGGCCGCGCCCGCAGGCGUCAUGUUGCCCGGAGGUUUCACCCUCAUGUCCGGCGCUCAGCUUCCCCCCGGCACGCACACCAUCCCCCUCAGUCAGCUGCAGGCCCUCCAGGGGCCCCUGGGGCCGGCCGGCAUCGCUACCACGCACGCUCAGCAGGGCCAGCAGGCAACACUCCUCCGCCUCCCCGCAACCGUCUCGCUCACAGGAGGAGGGAUGCCCCAGCAGCUCCAGGCCAUCCAUGUACACCCCAGCAGCCAGCAGAGCUCCCUCAGCCACAGCAGCUCUGAGCUCUGUCACACCACUGGCAGCUCCACAGUGAGCCUGCCCACCACCAUUGUCACAUCAUCUGUGCCCUCCUCCGUGGCGGGUCACAUGAUGUACCCCGGUGCCCACACGGUCAUGUACGCCACGCCCACCCCCUCCCUCUCCGAUGGAGGCCUGACCGUGCUCAACACCUUCUCUCAGGCCUCCCACGCACAAUCCCAUGACGCCGGUGCUGUUCCACAGGUGUUCCUCACAAUGCCACCAGGGGCAGUGCAGCUACACCCGAUGGUGAUUGGCCAGCAGUCGAGCAGCAGCACUAGCAACCUAACAGAGCUUCAAGUGGUCAAUUUGGACGCCCACACAAAGGACGAUUGACCUGUCCACAUAUCAAUAGACUGCUUUUUACACACACUCACACCAGGGGAUCACUGACGCUUUGCCAACCCUAUUUAUUACUGCCUUUUCACAACAACUAUAUUGGUUUUAUAACAAACACAAAGAUACACACACACUCACAUAUUUACCAUGAUGUUGAAUUAGGAUUGACAUUAAGGUACAGUCAUUUUCCUUUGUAUAGAUGUAACAUACGUUUUGUGGUGAUUUUUCUUUGCAGUCGAUUAAUUAUGUGAGACACGCAUACACUGCUGGUGCUGCUGUCACAUUUUAUUCAAGGAUGUGUGUGAGAGUGCAUGAUAGCUUUUUUUGUACAGGUAAACUGAUUGCUUAAUUCAUUCUAGUUUGCACAUGAAUGUAUUUCUUUUUUUUAAGCCCAUUGUCUGUUUGGUUUUUUGGUAUUACUGCAAAUGAAUGGUAAUUUAAUAAUGCCAAUUACUGAAUUCUAUGGGUAAAUAUUUUCUGUUUUACUUUUUAUUUUAUUUUGAUGCUUUGGUGCCAAAUGGCUUUGAGACUUCUGUUUAGGGAAACCCAUCACCUUAAUCUGCGUGUUCUGUCCUGGACUAAAAACCACCAUAGAUCCAGUCAUCUAUAUAUCUGAUUAACUGAUCUACAUGAUAGAUAGGCCAAUAAAUGCAUACUGUAACAUGUAUUGAAAGCCUGAUUAAUGAAAGUUCAUAAAUAUGUCUAUAAUAUAGAUGACCAAGAC